AAUAAGUACCGAAACAACUUCGGAUUAUGAUUAGUUGAUUACACUGAGUGUAUGCUGACUCAGUUUCUCGUCUUUGCUUCCAAACUCUAACAUAACAUCCUUAAUUUCUUCAAACUCAAUUCCUAGUACCACUCCACCAUACGAGGAUGUCGCAGCUUUCCAUUCAACGAGCAAAGAAGUUGAAGUUUUUGAUGCCUCAGAUCUCUGCUUUGGGAAGUUACCAUUUCUCAACAGCGGCUCAAUCAUCUUCCAUUAAACCCAAUGCUCCGAGAGUUCCAAAUCUUAUUGGGGGAAGGUUUCUUGAGUCAAAAUCAUCAUCUUUCAUCGAUGUUAUAAACCCGGCAACACAAGAAGUUGUUUCACAAGUUCCAUUGACUACAGAUGAAGAGUUUAAAGCUGCUGUAUCUGCAGCAAAGAAGGCAUUUCCAUCAUGGCGUAACACUCCAGUUACGACACGCCAGCGUGUUAUGUUGAAAUUCCAGGAGCUCAUACGCAGAGAUAUGGAUAAACUUGCUCUAAAUGUGACCACCGAACAAGGAAAGACGCUGAAGGAUGCACAAGGAGAUGUAUUUCGUGGUUUAGAGGUGGUGGAACAUGCUUGUGGGAUGGGAACUCUACAAAUGGGAGAGUAUGUUUCGAAUGUAUCACAUGGAGUCGACACAUACAGCGUUAGAGAACCAAUUGGUGUUUGUGCUGGUAUUUGCCCUUUCAAUUUUCCUGCAAUGAUUCCGUUGUGGAUGUUCCCUGUGGCUGUUACCUGUGGCAAUACCUUUGUUUUAAAACCAUCGGAGAAAGACCCAGGUGCUUCUUUAAUGCUUGCAGAAUUGGCAUUGGAGGCUGGUUUGCCUGAGGGUGUCUUAAAUGUGGUUCAUGGAACCCAUGAUAUUGUGAAUGCCAUUUGUGAUGAUGACGAUAUCAAAGCCAUAUCAUUUGUUGGUUCUAAUGUUGUAAGUAAUCUAAUACCUGGUUUUUUCACUCCGUUGAUUUUUUGUGAUCUUAUAAUCUAUUUUCUCUCUAGUGUAUACAUUUAUUUGAUGUUCUUAUUUGUAUUAAAGGCUGGAAUGCACAUAUAUUCAAGAGCAGCAGCUAAAGGAAAACGUGUUCAGUCUAAUAUGGGUGCCAAAAAUCAUGCAAUAGUCAUGCCAGAUGCAAAUGUCGAUGCUACUAUAAAUGCUUUAAUUGCUGCUGGUUUUGGAGCUGCUGGACAGAGGUGCAUGGCUCUCAGCACAGUUGUUUUUGUAGGAGGCUCACAACAAUGGGAAGCUAAAAUCAUAGAACGUGCCAAAGCUCUUAAAGUAAAUGCAGGAACUGAACCUGAUACAGAUCUUGGUCCGGUUAUCAGCAAACAGGCAAAGGAGCGAGUGAAAACAUUAGUUCAAUCUGGGGUUGAAAGUGGUGCCAAACUACUUCUUGAUGGAAGGAAUAUAGUGGUCCCAGGAUAUGAAUCUGGCAAUUUUGUUGGGCCAACCAUCUUAUCAAAUAUCAGUACCGAUAUGGAGUGCUACAAGGAGGAAAUUUUUGGCCCAGUUCUUCUUUUCAUGGAGGCUGAUAGCUUGGAAGAGGCUCUAGACAUUAUCAACAAAAACAAGUAUGGAAACGGUGCUUCUAUAUUUACUACUUCUGGCGUUGCUGCAAGGAAAUUUCAGACCGAGAUUGAGGCAGGGCAGGUUGGGAUCAAUGUUCCUAUUCCAGUUCCUUUGCCAUUUUUCUCAUUUACCGGUAACAAGGCAUCAUUUGCUGGCGAUCUCAAUUUCUACGGCAAGGCAGGGGUUAACUUUUUUACACAGAUCAAAACAAUAACUCAACAGUGGAAGGAUUCGGUAGGCGGUAGCAAGGUUAACUUGGCAAUGCCAACCUCUCAAAAAUCUUGAUUGCCAGAGAGUCCUGUGUAUAAUUUUUUUCUUUUUUUGGAAGCUUUGUACUCUUCAAUAAAAUGUCAUAGUUCCAUCUCUUGUUUGUACA